AGCGGGGCUUGAAGGGCGGGACGUGUCGCCCGUGCUGCCCGUGGCGGAGGGGUCCCUGAUCAUUCCUGCUGCCCGCGGACACCCCGCCAGGGCGGGGCUGGGUGUCCCUGCCGGUACACCGGGUGGCUCUGUCCGGGUACGCGGCUCUGCCGGGUGGGCAGCGGCUCUUGCCCGGGGAUAGCGGGGCAGGGCCCGGACAGGCACCCCCCUGCCGGGCCUGGGUGCUGCAGGCUGGGGAGGCAGCGCCGGCGGGGCCGCUGGGACCCGUCCAUAGCCCGGUUAUCCCGGUGGGCGAAGCCCGUAGCGACUGUCAGCAUCACUUCCCACCGGUGUGAGGCCGCCCGCGGGAAGCUUGGUGUGAUUCGGGAUGCUACUCCUGAUCUCGGGACCGCACGUUUUGAGGAGGAGCUCUGGGUGUUUCUGAAGACGUGGCUAUGGACCUUGCAGCCCUUUUGUUUUGUUGUUGGGGAAUGAAAGACUUCCUUCCCCUCAAGUGCGAUGCCUGCGAGCAGAUCUUCUGCACCGACCACAUUGCUUAUGCCCAGCACGAUUGCACCUCUGCCUACAAGAAGGAUGUGCAGGUCCCAGUGUGUCCCCUCUGCAACACCCCAGUCCCUGUGAGGCGGGGGGAGAUGCCUGAUGUCGUGGUGGGUGAGCACAUUGACCGUGACUGCAAGUCUGACCCCGCACAACGCAAGCGCAAGAUCUUCACCAACAAGUGUUUGAAGCCUGGCUGCAAGCAGAAGGAGAUGAUGAAGGUGAUCUGUGACCAGUGCCACAAGAACUACUGCCUCAAGCAUCGGCACCCCCUGGACCAUGACUGCAGCGGGGCAGGGCAUCCCCUUUCCAAAGCAGGGCAUGCUGCAGUUACCAGAGCCCAGGCGUCUUCCUCCAAAAUAGUCACCGCACCAAGCAGCGGGGCUGCCCGGCCAGCAGACAGCUCCUCUUCCCUGGCCUGUGCUAGAGCGAGGAAGAGGCACUGCAGCGAGCUCUGGAGAUGUCCCUGGCAGAGUCGGCACGCAGCUCAGCACAGCAACCCAGCAGCACACAGGAGGAGGAGGAUCUGGCACUGGCCCAGGCACUGUCAGCGAGCGAAGCCGAGUACCAGCAGUCGCAGCGGCAGGCACAUGGUUCAAAGCCAUCCAACUGCAGCAUGUCGUAGGCAGGUGAGGCAGGGUGUGCCAGCAGACACAGCAUCCUGCUUGUGACCCGAGGAGUGGCUCUGGCCUCCCGCAUGGAUGCCGUGGGGUUCUGGCCUGGACACUGCUACCAAGAGCCCCUUGCCAAGGACAGCUCAUCUCCCUGGGAGCUGUAAGCAACCAAAUAUACACUGACACUUCAGCCCUAGUACCUAUAUAAAAUUAGUGCAGCGAAUUGCUGAUGCUCCUGGGGAGGUGAAGAGUGCACAGGACGGAGCUGGGUACACACUGACCAAAGCAAGCAGCAGCCCAGGGUCUGCACUUACCUGUAGUUGCCACAGCCAUGUCCCAGUACUGCUGGGACUGUGGGGUGAGGGCAGAGCUGUAUGGGGAUGUCUCUGCAUGCUCAGACAUACAGCUGGGAUGUAGCUGCCUUCUGUAGUGGGGGGCUGGAUUCCAUGCUCUGAGGAGGGCUGUGCCAGCCCCUCAGCAAAGAGCAAAUGUGGCUGGGAUGGUCUCUUGCCUGGGCAUGGCACAGCUGAAUGUGCAGCCUCCCAGCAGUGUGAAAGCAGCCCCUUCCCUGCUCCCCACACCCUCGGUGCCUCCCUGCUGUUUGCAUGUACAAGAGCACGUUGGGCCUUGCCCUGCUGGGCUGGGGCACAAGACCUCUCUGAGACUGAAUGGAGCUGCAUUUCCUUUGUGGUUUAAUAUAAUAAGUAACCUUGGCAGUGACUUGAAUGGCAGCGUCACUCACAUGGGAUGGUUGCAGCUCCCUUCCUGCUGCCCUAAACUUAAACAGGGCCUGUUUAAAUGCUGCUGGGGUAGGAAUGCCUCCGCUCUUCCAGUUGUGUUGCCGGGAUCCCCUCCUGGAUAGCAACAGCACAGAACCCCUCCUUACAAACAAAGCCCUGGGCCUAGAGCCUGGUUGGGCAGAGGGGAUUUGUCCUGCUGGCCUCUUGCAGGGAGUCUGCAGCCAUGCAGAGCUGUGCUGCUUUCCCACCUGCUGCUGUAACCAUUCCUGCAGGGCUGUGCCUGGUUCUGUACAGGACUGGGCUGUCCUGCUCUGAGCAGCUGAGGGAGGGGGGUUCAGGCUGGGUCCAGGGAAUGCUGAGACUUGUCAAAGUGCUGCUUGGGAGAAAAUAAAAGCAUAGCACAAGGUACAGAGGUACCUAAGGGAGCA